AUGGUAUCGAAAAAUCGUUCUGUAUUUUCGUCAAGAGAAAAACGAAAUAUAACUAUUUAUAUCGUUGGAAUGGUACUCUAUAAAUUUGGAUUGGAAGCAUUUAAUGGUUCAAUCAUAACUUUAGCAACCAAUCGGUUUGAUCAAGAUGCAGCGAAAAGCCAUACAGCACCACAUACAUUCGAAAAAGUCGGAUUGGUUGCUGGUCUAAAUCAAGCGUUACAAUGCUUUGGCUCAAUCAUCAUCUCACCUCUUAUUAAACAUUGGUCGAAGAGAAAUAUUCUCUCAAUUGCAAUCUUUAUUUUCGGCCUUUGUACAGCAAUUUUAAUUAUACUUGAUUCGGCAACCGGCGGUUAUAUGAAACCGAAAAACUUUAAUUCAACGAAUAAAAAUGACUUCAGUUAUUAUGGAGAUUAUAAGUCCGAUUGGAUUAUCAUGAUAUUUGGUUUAACUGGUAUUGCCUAUGGAACAGUGGAAUCGAUUCAUCGAGUCAUUCCGACUGACAUUGUCGGAAAUCAUGUAGAAAAAUUACAAAGAUUCGAUGCAUUAGUUCAUAUUUUUUAUGCAAUCUCAGGGGCUUUUGGCGCGUUUGUGACCGGACUGGUUUUAAUACCGAAACUUGGAAAUAAUUACGCAUUUAUUAUCACGCCUAUUCUGUUCACUGCAUCGGGAUUGAUUUGGUUGUUUAUGAAUUCUUUAAAGAAAGUCAAGAGUAAACAAGGGGAACAAAUUGUAGCGAAUGGGAAACAAUCGACCAGAUCAAAUUAUUUAAGAAUCAUUCUAAGGAAAAUUUGUGCUUGUGCACAAUCUUUUUUCAUUGGGGGAAAAAUCAUUUUUACCAAUCGGAAAUAUAUUUGGAUAUUCGGUUGUUAUUCGAUAGCACUCUAUGCUCACCGUUAUCUGGAAGAUGGUAUUGCACCACAAAUCGCUCGACGAUAUUUAGGCAAUUCUGCAUGGUCAGAAAUUAUUAUUGGGGGGUCAAACUUUGGUGAGUUACUUGGCUCAUUUUUCAUUCUAUUCUUAUCGAACUCAGUUCGAACACCAAUACCGUGGCUAAGAAUAAGCGCGCUAGUCUUACUUGUUAUUUGGUAUGUUCCAUUUUAUUAUCCACCUGUUAAUCAAAGUAGAUAUGCUUGGCUUGUUGCUGUAACAUUUAUUCCUAUUUCAUUCGGUUGGGCAGCGAGUGAUGUUGCUCUUGUUGCACACAUUCAAUCGGCAAUGACGCGUCUCGAACCCUUAUACGAAGAUGUUUCGGUACUAGGAGCAGUGAUGUCAUUUCUUUAUUCAUCGUAUAUUAUUAUUUAUGCAGUUGCAAAUCCAUUUCUGGGAAAAUUUAUUGAUAAUACGUACAAAAAUAAAGGAACAAUAAGACCAGCACUUAUUUACACAGCCGGUGUUCAAUUUACAGUUGUAAUGCUAAUUAUAUUCGCAUCAACUUUUAUUCCGAGAGGUGCAUUUGAAUGGAAUCCUACGAUCGACAAUGAAGAUGAUGAAUCAUCCGAUGACACAGAUAAUUCGGAUGAAUUACUCGAUAUAAAUCGUCGUGAUGAUGAACUGAAUACAAAAUAA